AAUUUCUUCGCGUUCAUCCAGAAAUUAUAUUCUUGUGCCGGUUGACGAUCUAUUUCUUGCAACGGUUCGAGAAGUUUUCGUUUGAAUCAGUAAUAUAUACAAAUUCGUGAAUCAUUAAAACACUCAUCGUUUUCUUCAAAAGGUGACGAAGAGAAAUUUGUUUGCUGUCGACCUAUUUUUUUGGCUUCUUGUCUAUUUUCUUAGAAAAAGCAAGAUGGCCGAUAUCGCGGAAAACGUACCAUUCACCGAUCCUGCAACCGCAAUAUCUCAGGGUAGGCGACAUCUUCUUGUACGUGAUUAUACGAUGGCUGUAACCGCGCUUGCCCAGGCUUGCGAAUUGCUCGCGAAGAAACACGGUGACACGGCAGACGAAUUAGGAGAACCGUAUCUUCUUUACGGGCGUGCUCUUCUAGGUCUCGCUAGAGAAGAGACUGGGGUUUUAGGAGGAGGAGUACCCGGCUCCGAGGAAGCUCAAGGUGAAGAAGAUGCAGAGGACGAUGACGAGGAUGAAGAAGAUGAUGAAGCUGAUGAGGAAAAGUUGAAUAAAAUUGAUGAGAAAGAGGAGGAGGAUGAUGAAGAGAAAGAGGAAGAUGAAAAAGAAACUAAAACUGAAUCCGUGAAGACUACUACUGAAGAUAACUUAGAGAAGAAAAACGAGAAAGAUGAGAAAAAUGUAAAAAAUGAAAAAAUUAAGGAAGAAGAAGAAGAAGAUAUAAAGAAGAAAAAAGAUGAUGCAAAGGAAGAGAAAACUGUAUUAGAAUCGGAAAGUGAGAAUACCUCUAAAAAUAAUGAAACCACCAAUGAUGAUGAUAAUGAUGCUUCAGCGGCGACAUCGUCGAAACAACAAAAUGGUGAAAGUAUACAAGAAAAUGGUGAACAUAACUCCGAGGAUAUCUCUAAGGAGGACGAAGAGGAUGAAGUUAAUAAUCUUCAGGUCGCUUGGGAGGUACUAGAAUUAGCGAAGUUGGUUUUGCUAAAACGAGGAAAACCAGGAUGGAAAUUGUUGGCUGAUUCGUACCGAUUACUUGGGGAAGUAGCCAUGGAAGGAGGAAAUCACAAGGGAGCUCUAAACGAUCUACAAGGAUGUUUGGAUUUACUAGAAAAAAUUGAUCCACGGGAACCUAGGGCUAUUGCUGAAAUUCAUUAUCAAUUAGGAUUGGCUCAUUCUCUAGGCAAUGAAUUUGAUGCUAGCAUAGAGGAAUUUAAUAAAGCUACUAAGCUUUUGGAAUCUCGCAUAAAAGAACUAGAAGCGGUCACUGAACCACCAAAAACUGAUGAUCCCUUCUAUACCAUCGAGGGAGAGAUCCAAGAACUUAAGGAUCUCCUUCCAGAAAUUCAAGAGAAGAUCACAGAUAUGCAGGACUUUAAAAAUGAAGCCUGCAAGCUCGUCAUUGAAAAUCUUAAAAGUGAAUUUUCGAGUUGUAGUUCGAACGGUGCUGGACCCAGUUCAGAUACGUCGAACUCGUCGUCAUCUGGUAACACGACAAAUGUAAAAGUUGUUAAACCAGUUAGCGAUAUAUCGCAUCUCGUGCGAAAAAAACGUAAGGCUGACGAACCUGAAAUGGAAGUACCCCUACCACCAUGCAAAAAGCCUACUCCCGAAAAAGCUGUCUGAAUUAAGUUUUAAUAAUUACGAUUUAAAUCGCUAUUACGAACUUUUGCGAGACCUUCGCUAGGUGAACUAGAUUUUGUUAUAUACGAUAUUUAAUACUGAACGAAAGCAGUUAUUUUAAUAGCAAUUCCUUCAGUUUCGGAACGAUGUUAUCUGAAAUUUUAUUUUUUCUUCUUUUAUUUUCAUCGACGGUAAAGAUGUGAGGUGUAAUUGCUGUUACAACAAAAUAUAUUUCUUUUUUCUUCAAUUUUUUUCAUACGUAAAAUAAUAACGUAAACAUUCGUUUAUUUACCAUUUACGCGAUACAAUAAUUUUAAAACGCAUUUUUGGAGUUCUAUGUAAGACAUGAAUCUAGUUUUCGUCAAUAGGAUUCUGAUGUAAUUUGUUAAAAAUAAAUCUAAGGUUAUUUUCGUGUGCUAAGUUUAAAUAAUAAAGAUUGACAUUCUGAAUUUUUCUAAA